AUGAAAUUAACAAAGGUGUUACUUUUCACAACUGCUGUUUCAGCAUUCUUAUCAUCAACUGUCUUAGACUCUUGGGAUCUUAAUGAUUUAAAACAAUACUUAAGUGAUAAUAAAAUUCCAUUUGAUGAAAAAAAAGCUACAAUUGAAGAAAUUAAAGACCUUUCAUUAAAACAUUUUAAUGUUCAACAAGCAAAAUCAUCAUCAGCUUCAUCAUCUGCAUGGUAUAAUCCAAAUGUUGUUAAACAAAAAGUUUUAAACUAUUAUAAUGGUGUUACUGAUUCUUUUACUUCUAAUCCACCAACUUCUUCAUCUGCAAUUGAUUAUUCAAAUAUCAAGAAUUGGAUUUUCGCAACUUGGGGUAUUGAAGAUUUAAAGAAAACUUUAACUAAAUCAAAUAUUAAAUUUGAACCUGAAGCUAAACGUGAUGAAUUGGUUCAAUUGGCUAAAGAUCAUUAUAAUGAUAUUGCUAAAAAAUAUGGUGCUUCUGGUAAUUACCCUGGUGAUUGGUUAUAUUCAAAUUGGGAUAAAAAAUCAUUAAAAAAAUGGUUGGAUGAAUAUGGUAUUGAUUAUUCAAGUUUUAAAGAUUCUCAAAAAGAUUUAAUUCGUAAAGUUCGUGAAAAUUCUUAUCAAGCUGCUCAAGUUGCAGAAGAAGAACGUCAGAGUAUUUUAGAAUCUUUGGAUUUAUCAAGUAAAGCUUUAUUUGAUAAAGCUGGUACUGUUAGAGAUGAUAUUUUCAAUACUUGGUCUUCAUCUCAAUUGUAUAAAUGGUUAAAGACUCAUCAAGUUGAUGUUGAAGAAUCCCUUAAACAUAAUAAAGAAGAAUUGGCUUUAUUAGCUCAAAAACAUAAAGGUCAUUUAAAAGAAGAUGUUGAUUAUUGGUCCAAAACUGCCAGUAAAUCAGCAUCUCCAUUUUUAACUAAAUCAUCAGAUCGUGUUGAUAAUUUAAUUAAUGAUACAUUUUUCGUUGGUGUUGAAUCAUGGUCAAGAGAUCGUUUAAAAGCUUUCUUACAAGCUCGUGGUGUUUCAAUUCCAAUCUUUGCUACUAAAUAUGAAUUGAUUCAAUUGGUUAAAGAUAAUAAAUUUAAACCAAUUCAAAAUUUUAAUAAUGAUUAUUUUUUCCAAGGUUGGUCUAGAGAAAAUAUUCAAAAAUGGGCUGAUGAACAAAAUGAUGCUGCAGCUAAAACUUCAAAUGAUAUCUUGGUUAAAGCAAAUAUUGCUUAUAAAAGUUUAGCUUCAAAUUUAGAUGUUUAUUAUAAACAAGCUUCAACAGUUGCAUCUGAAUGGCAGUCACAAGCUUCAGAUUUUGCAAGUGAUGCUGCAUCACAAGCUUCAGAUUAUGCAUCACAAGCUUCAAAUCAAGCAUCAGGUUAUGCAAAUGAAGCUAGUAAACAAUUAACUGGUGCAAGAGAUUCAUUUUUUGAAUAUUGGUCAGAUGUUGAAUUGAGAGAUUAUUUAAAUUCAUUUGGUAUUUAUAAUUUAAAGAAUGUUAGACAUGAACAAUUGAUUGAUUUAGCUAAAACAAAUACUAAAUGGUUUAUAACUGGUGCUAAUUAUGAUGCUGAUUCUGUCAUUGCCAAUGCUAAAUUGAAUGGUGUUAAUUUCUGGAACAAAGUUGUUUAUUAUUAUAAGACUUGGUAUAACUAUGUUUAUUACACCAUUUUCCAUUAA